AUGGGUUUCGACGACACGUCCGAGUUGCACCCUGCUCUAGCUGUGGCCAAUGCUCAGAGGAGGAGAACAACCUUCAACUUUCAGCCACCUCCUCCACGACACCGCUUCAGCGUGGAGGCAUCGGGCGCGGGUCGCAACCACCGCAACUUCAACGUGGGCGGUUCUGUUCGCGGCGAGUACGACGUGUACCGCGGCAGGGACGGCACUCGGGUGGUGGCCUCUGGCGGAGUGGCACACGGUGCAACCCGCAUCGACGGCAAGACGUACAAAGGCAGGCCUCAGGGAUCCGUGGGCAUCGGCGUCGAGAUCCCGAUCGGAAAGGGUCGAUGACUUCGGCGACGUACGCGUUGGUGCCUCGAAGAUCAGCUUAGGCGGAGAGAACUGCGAAUACGGCAUUCAUUUACAGAGCAGCCUUGUUUUUUUCUUUGAAAACAGCGUGACGAAUUUAAAGAACGAGGAAUUGCUCUGUUGCGCUAUAGAAAUGAGUAAAGUCUUCAUUCUAGCCUAA